GUUGAUUUUUUUUUUUUUUGGCAUAUUUUACUAUGUUUAUUAUCCAUCAAACUCUUUUCAUGAUAUUAUCAAUGUCUGUAUAAGAAACAUACAUAAAAAAGUCAAGAUACGUUUAUAUUUCUAUCAGGUAGUACUUGAUCAGACGGACAACCGUUCACUCAUUUGUCGGCUCCAGACCUAGAUUUUUUUCAUUUUAUGAAUCUCAUAUCAAUCUGAUCGUUGGAGGGAAUUCAAUAUGCAAGAUGGCUAUCAAGCCAUUAUCAGAUGCAACAAUUCAUCUUCUAGGUUCAUCUCAGGUUCUAACCACACCUACAUCUCUCAUCAAGGAGCUCAUUGACAAUGCCCUCGAUGCCAAAGCUACGAGUAUUGAUAUUCUUAUUUCUCAGAAUACCAUUGAUAAGAUAGAAGUUCGUGAUAAUGGUCAUGGCAUUCAGCCCGAUGAUCUCGAUGCAUUAGGGAGACGGGGCCACACUUCUAAAUUGACAACCUUCACGGAGCUCAGGAAUUUAGGAGGUAAUAGUUUGGGAUUUCGAGGAGAGGCACUAGCAUCGGCUUGUCAACUCGGUGAUGUCUCUAUAAUCACUAAGAUGGAUGGACAGGCAGUUGCAACAUGUGUAAAAUUGAAGGCACUAGGUGGAAUUCAAUCACAAUCUCGAAGUUCCCACCCGACUGGAACAACAGUAUGUGUGAUGAAUUUUAUGUCAAGGCUGCCUGUCAGGAAACAAACAGCCCUGAAAGAAGCCCCGAAAACAAUCGGUAAAAUACAGGAAUUGAUACGGAGGUACGCCCUAGCACGACUUUCAGUUAAGCUCACCCUGAAGAUUGUAAAGGGCACCAAAGGUGCAUGGUCAUACUCACCUCGUCCAAACAUUUCUAUCAAAGAUUCGGUAUCUCUUGCCGUUGGUCGAGAAGCAGCUCUCCAAUGUUCUGAAGCUUCAAUGAUAUUCCCUGAACCUCCUCCUGAUCGUGAAAAUGAUACACCUGAGGGCGCGGAAAUUCCGACCGGUGCCAGUCCUGCAAACGACGUGGCAACUUCUCAUUUUCGUCUUGAAGCUUUCCUCCCCCGACCUGAUGCUGAGCAGGGUAAAAUUGGACAUGGGCAAUAUUUCUCCGUUGAUUCCAGACCGGUAGCCUCCGAUAAAGGGACUAUGAAGAAAAUUACAAUCAUUUUCAAGAGACAUCUUCGAAGUAGGUUGGCUUCAGGGGCUUCUCCAGAGAAACUUAAGAAUCCGUUUAUGCGUCUCAAUAUUGUUUGUCCGAAAGCAAGUUAUGAUCCCAACGUUGAACCCGCCAAGGAGGAUAUCAUUUUUGAGAACGAGACACUUGUGCUAGAAGCGGUAGAGAAGAUGUUCAAGAAUUUUUACGGAGAUUGCGGUACAGUCAUGUCUAAAGUAGCAAGAAACAAUACUGUGACUCAGCCCACUGGAUUCGAUAUACUCCUUGCCCGGACUCCUCAACAGGAUUCUCCAUCGCCAUCAACUGUCGUCAACGCAUCCUUGACUCCCAAGAAAACACCUCCAGCCUCUACCCCAAAUUCAAAUUCAAAGACCAUGUCCGAAGUCUGUCCCAAUAUUGCAGGCGAUACUUUAGAUAUCGCAGAGUCCGAUAAUUAUGAAAUUUCUGAUAAAGCAACCACCCUCGGAGGGAAGCGCAAAUGGGGAUGUGAUAUGUCUCACGAUUACACAGAAUAUACAGAUGAUUUCAAUACUCGAAACUCUGUCAAUAAAUCGCAGAAGCAACUUGACUUAAACAGCAAUCGGCUGUCUGUUUCUACGGAAUUGAAUCCUUGGGUCAUCGCUAAAAUGACUGCUUCAAGUAACACAAAUUCAAGCUCGGCAAUAUCGCUUGAUUCGACCGAGACCGAUUCUGUUCGGUCCAUGUCACCACGGGCAGUUACUAAGGUCAUUUCACCAGUACAAGCUAGCCACCUUAGCGACGUUAGUGCCAGUAUAACAGAUGUUCUACAGUCACACUCCAAUUUUAAGAGCCACAUGCACUGUAACCCUCUGACUGCGGCCGAUCUUUCAGAUUCAACAACUGAAGGUGGUUUGCCAGUAGUUCAGCCCUGGCAUGAUCAUCUGGAAGGUAACGAGCUCACCACAGCUACAAAUUUUGUUAGAAACUCUUUAAUGUCGCCGCCAAGUACAUCUCCAAAUGUGCAAACACAGAAGCAAACAAGAGACCGAGGACCUAAUAAACCAUUUGUACCCCCUUCUCGAACACCACAGUCUAGCAGUGUAUCAUCUGGGCAUGUUCAAACACGAUUAGGGGCUUCUUAUCAGCCCUUUCGAAUACAAAGAGAAGCGUGCCAUCAACCUAAUGCGACUGCAAACCCAGUACAGGAAGUACAAACACAACAGCCAAACGCAGAGCUGGAGUGGGCUAUGGACUUUGAGCAUAGAAAGGAGAGUGCUACUCGACGUCGCAGAGAUGAACUCCAAGCUAUGCGAGAAGAAUUUCAGCAGCCACCCGCUACAAUCCAAGCUUCUUCUCGGCCAUCUCCUCACAAAAAUCGGUACAAUGCUGCUUUAGCCAGUCUUGAGAUGUCUCAAGAGAGUCAGAGGGAGAAUUCUUCCUCUGCGAACAGCGAAGGCGUCUGUACCACCCUUCCAGAUAGCGAUCCUCGAGGUUACUUGAUGAAGCAACAGAAAUCCUUUUCCGUUCUCUCCAGCAUCACGGGGGGCCCUCGGAAGUUGAAGCGAGCCCAAACUCUACGCCUUCCCCUAGAAACGAUACCUGCAGACUUACAAAUUCAUCGACUUCUUCACACGGCCGAAAGUGAUAUGGAUGAAAUCUCAAAACUUGUCAUGGAGACAUCAAAGCAGGAUACGUAUGUUCGUCGUGGGUCACAAGCUCGUGGUCUUGAGAUGACUGCUACAGAUAGAGAUACUGUGGGAAGGGAAUUACGACACGUGGUCGAAGCGUGGAUGAAGUCGGAAAGAGGGGAAAAGUGCGAUGUGGAAUUUGUAUUUGGUGGACUGGAAUCGCUCAGUGGUGCUUGAUAUGUGUUGUAGGAAUAUGGACUGCGAAAAAAAGAUAUAUAUGGCUUCCAUACAACGUUUUGCUGGAUUUGAGAUACCCAUUUGCUUUCGUAGCGUUUGUGCUUUACUACCUAUAUAUAGAUCACUGGGCGCAUUUUGUUGCUAUGUAUUUGGCAAGAUAUUUACUUGUAUUAUGUAGAAAGAGAAUUGUACUUCUUCACAAUACAUGAUUUCA